GAGGUAACAUUAGCACAUUAUUAAACUGCCCGAAACCUGCCCAAUCUGCCCGCCUCUGCUCUACCAAGUACCCGAGAGAGUGGUGGAUUGAUGGUACUCGAAGGGGAAAAUGCAAGGCUAUGCUGCAUGGAAGGGAAGGUGAGGAGAGGAAAAAGAUCAUCAGCACAUGUGGACAGGUCCCACACGUGGAUGGACGCAAGAUCAGUGUUGGAGACUGUGCUCUGUUCAAACCACCCCAGGACUCCCCGCCGUUCAUUGGAAUAAUUCGUUGGCUUACUACUGGUAAAGAGAACAAGUUAAAGUUAGGUGUGAAUUGGCUUUAUCGGCCUGCUGAAGUAAAGCUUGGCAAAGGCAUCCUAUUGGAAGCUGUGCCAAACGAAAUAUUCUAUUCCUUUCAUAAGGAUGAAAUUCCUGCUGCAUCAUUACUCCAUCCGUGUAAAGUUGCCUUCCUUCCCAAAGGUGUUGAACUUCCAUCAGGGAUUUGCUCAUUUGUGUGUCGGCGAGUUUAUGACAUUACGAACAAGUGUUUAUGGUGGCUAACUGAUCAGGAUUAUAUUAAUGAAUGCCAAGAAGAAGUAGAUCACUUAUUGUAUAAGACACGCUUAGAAAUGCAUGCAACAGUGCAACCAGGUGGACGCUCUCCAAAGCCAGUGAAUGGCCCAACAUCGACAUCUCAGUUAAAACCUGGUUCAGAUAGUGUACAGAAUUGUGUUUCAUCCUUUUCUUCUCAAGGUAAGGGAAAGAAAAGAGAACGGGGGGAUCAGGGCUCUGAGCUUGUGAAACGAGAGCGCUUUACAAAAAUGGAUGAUGGGGAUUCUAGUCACAGUAGACCAGAAAGCAUGUGGAAAUCUGAGGUUUCUAAAUUUACAGAUAAAGGAGGACUCGUGGAUUCUGAAGGGGUUGAGAAAUUGGUGCUCUUAAUGCUCCCUGAGAGAAAUGAGAAAAAAAUAGACUUGGUUGGGCGAUCAAUUCUCGCUGGUGUGGUAGCAGUCACAGAUAAGUUUGAUUGUCUAAAUCGGUUUGUGCAGCUUAGGGGCUUGCCUGUGUUUGAUGAAUGGCUGCAGGAGGUCCAUAAAGGGAAGAUCGGUGAUGGUAGCCCCAAGGACGGUGAUAAAUCGGUUGAGGAAUUUCUAUUAGUUUUACUUCGAGCACUUGAAAAGCUCCCUAUAAAUCUUCAUGCUCUGCAAAUGUGUAAUAUUGGCAAAUCUGUGAAUCAUCUGCGCACCCAUAAGAACUUGGAAAUACAGAGGAAAGCGAGGAGCUUAGUUGACACAUGGAAGAAACGUGUUGAAGCUGAAAUGGAUGCAAAUGCAAAGUCUGGCUCUAACCAAGGUGUCCCAUGGCCUGCUAGAUCGCGUCUUCCUGAAGUUCCACAUGGUGGCAACAGACAAUCUGGUGUACCCCCUGAUGUUGCAAUGAAGAGCUCAGUAGUGCAACUCUCUGCUUCAAAAACUGGUUCAGUCAAGGUUGUACAGGGAGAAAUCGUUAGCAAGUCUGCAUCAACAUCCCCAGGGCCUGUAAGAUCAACAGCUUCACCUGGAUCAGUGGGAAAUAACUCAAAAGAAGCACAACCCCGAAAUGUUGGUGCCAGUGGUGCCUCUGAUCCAUCUGUAACAGUAGCAAGGGACGAGAAAAGCAGCUGUUCUAGCCCUUCCCACAACAAUAGUCAAUCUUGUUCUAGUGACCAUGCCAAAGCUGGGGGGUUUUCUGGAAAGGAGGAUGCAAGGAGCUCGACUGCUGGUUCAAUGACGGCAAAUAAGAUCAUUGGUGGUUCUUUGCGGCAUCGUAAAUCAGUCAAUGGCUUUCCAGGCCAAGCUCUAUCUGGUAUCCAAAAGGAAACUGGGUCAAGCAGAAAUUCUUCUUUGCACAGAAAUUCAGGUUCAGAAAAAUUGUCACAGUCCAGUUUGACAUGCGAGAAGGCACUUGAUGUUCCCAUGGCCGAGGGGAAUGGCCAUAAAUUUAUUGUUAAAAUCCCCAACAGAGGUCGCAGUCCUGCACAGAGUGCCAGUGGAGGGUCUCUUGAAGACCCCACUGUCAUGAAUAGCAGAGCUUCUUCUCCCGUGCUUUCUGAGAAGCAUGACCAGUUUGAUCAUAAUCUGAAAGAGAGGAAUGAUGCUCAUCGAGCUAAUAUUACUUCUGAUAUUAAUACUGAGUCAUGGCAGAGCAAUGAUUUCAAAGAGGUGUUAACUGGGUCUGAUGAGGGAGAUGGGUCCCCUGUUACUAUUCCUGAAGAAGAGCACUGUCGGACUGGUGAUGAUUCUAGAAAAUUAGCUGAAGCCUCAAAAGCUACUUCCUCAUCCUCUGCGAAUGAGGGAAAAUUGGGGGGAAAAUUGCACGAUUCUUCUUUCAGCUCCAUGAAUGCUUUGAUUGAAAGCUGUGCGAAAUACUCUGAAGCUAAUGCUUCGAUGUCAGUUGGGGAUGAUAUUGGUAUGAACCUGCUUGCUAGUGUAGCCGCUGGGGAAAUGUCCAAGUCUGAUAUGGUUUCACCAGCUGAGUCUCCGCUGAGAAACACCCCUGUUGUUGAUCAGUCCUGCACAGGCAGUGAUGUGAGACUAAAGUCCUCACCAGGUGACAACCCUGCUCGAGACCGGGGUCAGUUUGUUGAUGUUUAUGAUGAACAUGAGAAGCGGUCUGUUGUCCUUGGUACUUCACUAGCUAGGAACUUAGAGGGUAAAACCAUUUUGAUUUCACAUGAAAAACCCAUAAGGCAACUCAAUGGACAUUCAAAUUCUUCCAAUAUGGAUGUGCAGCAAGCUGCUGAAUGUCCAGAAAGCAAUGUGAAAUCAGAGGAAAUCUUAAUGGCCGCAUCAAUGCCUGUGCCCUCCCCAAGCACUGUAGAGAAAACAUCAAAUGGUGGAGAGAAAGAAACACAAGAGGAGAAGGGGGUUGGCAGAUUGAAUGCAGAUGCCAUAUCUGAUUCUAAAGAAAAGUUGCAGAGCUCUAUCUCAACAGAAGAUAAGGUCAGCAUUACAGGAAUGGUAGCUGGGACUGAAGUCAUUGAUGGAUCUUCACCUCACCUGUCUAUCAAGCUUGAUGGUGAGAAUAAGAAAAGUAUGAAUGAAAGGUUGACCAUUUCUAUGCAAACGGAAGAGAAAACACCUACCUCAAUGCAUCCUGAGUUCGCAAAAGAAUCCAAUGUUGAAGUGCUCCAACCUUAUGGAUCUGGUAAGCAUAUGGUCUCUGAAAACAUGGAUGAGGUUAAGGCUGUAAAGGCCGGUGAAACUACUGAAAAAGUAAAAAUUGAACAUGAAAAUAAUACAGGCUCACCUGUUACCAGUCACAAAGGUGAGUGCAUGGAUGACAGUCUAGAAGGUAAGCAGGUUAAUAAGCAACAUGGUGAUGAUCCGGCUCUUCACAAGUCCACUCCUGCAAUUUGUCAAAAACCAGAACAAGAAGUGAGAUCUAGAGGAUCCAAGUUGACUGACACUGAAGGUGAUGAAACAGAGGAAUGUACAUCCACUGCUGCUGAUGCUUCUUCUUGGUCUGCUACUGGUGGAUCAGAUCAGGAAACAAAAGUUGUAUUUGAUCUGAAUGAAGGCUUCAAUGCCGAUGAUGGGAAAUAUGGGGAGUCAAAUAACUUGAGAGCACCUGCAUGCUCUGCUUCUAUUCAACUAAUUAAUCCCUUGCCUUUGCCAGUUUCUUCUGUGUCCAGUGGUCUUCCAGCUUCAAUUACUGUGGCUGCUGCUGCAAAAGGGCCUUUUGUUCCACCAGAGGAUUUACUCAAGAAUAGAGGGGAGCUUGGUUGGAAGGGAUCAGCAGCCACAAGUGCAUUUCGGCCAGCUGAACCUAGAAAAGCUUUGGAGAUUCCAUUAGGUACAGCUAAUAUCUCUCUCACUCAAGUGGCUACUUCCAAGCCCAGUCGCCCCCCAUUGGAUAUUGACUUAAAUGUGCCUGAUGAAAGAAUCCUUGAGGAUUUGGCUUCUCGAAGUUGCUAUCAGGGUGCUGUUUCUGCAACUAACCUUGCAAAUAAUCAUGAUCAAGUCCGGGAUGCACCAGUGGGUUCAGUGUCUGUCCGUAGCUUUGGGGGACUUGACCUUGAUUUAAAUAGAGUGGAUGAGCCUAACGAUAUGGGUAAUCACUUAACAAGCAUGGGUCGUCGGCUGGAUGCUCAACUUCAUCCUGUCAAACCAUCAUCUGGUGCUCUUAAUGGAAAUGUGAGUGCACACAGAGACUUUGAUUUGAAUGAUGGGCCUCUUGCUGAAGAGGUGACUGCCGAACCAUCACCAUUUAGCCAGCACACUAGGAGCAGUGUGCCAUCCCAACCCUCUGUUUCUGGUUUGCGGAUAAACAGUACAGAAAUGGGAAACUUCCCCUCUUGGUUUCCCCAAGGGAAUCCUUAUCCAGCUGUCACGAUUCAGUCAAUCUUACCUGAUAGAGGAGAACAGUCUUUUUCAAUUGUUGCACCUGGGGGGCCUCAGAGGAUGUUGGCUUCUCCCACUGGCAGCAGCUCAUUUGGUUCUGAUGUCUACAGAGGGCCAUUGUUGUCAUCUUCUCCAGCAAUGCCUUUUCCGUCCACACCUUUUCAGUAUCCUGUCUUUCCUUUUGGAACCAGCUUUCCUCUACCCGCAGCCACAUUUUCAGGUGGUUCAACAACAUACAUGGAUUCAUCUUCUGGAGGGAGGCUUUGCUUUCCUGCAAUGCCAUCUCAAGUAUUAGCACCUGCAACUGCAAUGACUUCGCAUUUUCCAAGGCCUUCUUAUGUUGUUAACCUCCCAGAUGGUAACAGUAAUGGUGGAGCUGAGAGCAGUAGGAAAUGGGGAAGGCAGGGUCUAGACCUCAAUGCAGGGCCUCUAGCCCUAGAUACAGAAGGGAGAGAGGAGACAUCUCUUGUAUCAAGGCAACUUUCUGUUGCCAGUUCACCGGCCCUCACAGAGGAGCAAUCAAGGAUGUAUCAAUUGGCUAGUGGAAGUCUCUUGAAGAGAAAGGAGCCAGAGGGUGGUUGGGAAGGCUAUAAGCAAUCCUCAUGGCAGUAA